AAUUGUUUUGUUUAUGUGUCAUAUCUGCCGUUAUUUUUCGUGAUUUCCAUCGGUUUUCAUGAGAAAAUGUGUGAUAUAAACGAUAAUCCGUUGAAAUUGAGUGUUAAAUGGAAUGGGAAGGAGUACGAGAUCCCGGAAUUUUCGCCUUCUGACUCUGUAGCGAUGUUGAAGAUCGCUAUUGAAAAUGCUACGGGUGUACGGCCGGAGAGACAGAAACUGCUCAAUGUGAAAUUCCAGGGUAAAGUAGCAACUGACAACUUUACGUUAUCGGAGUUGAACUUAAAGCCGAACUUAAAGAUAAUGAUGAUGGGUUCCCUGGAGGAAGCGAUAGAGGAAGCACGCACCAAACCGGAGGUUGACGAGGUUGUCAAUGACCUCGAUAUUGAGGAGGAGGAGGUUGAUGUGGAAAACCAGGAGAUAUACCUAGCAAAGAUAAACAAGCGCGUGCGCGACUAUAAGAUCACAAUGCUGAAUGAACCGCGGCCCGGCAAGAAACUUCUAGUAUUGGACAUUGACUACACGCUGUUCGACCACAGAUCUGUCGCUGAGACCGGCUACGAACUAAUGCGACCGUUCCUACACGAGUUCUUAACAUCCGCUUACGAGGACUACGACAUCGUGAUCUGGUCGGCUACUGGGAUGAAGUGGAUCGAGGAGAAGAUGCGGCUGCUAGGCGUCUCCACGCAUCAAGACUACAAGAUCAUGUUCUACCUUGACUACCUGGCCAUGAUCACUGUGCAUACAGCCAAGUAUGGCACUAUAGAUGUAAAACCACUAGGAGUAAUCUGGGGCAAGUUCCCCCAAUAUAGUUCGAAAAAUACGAUAAUGUUCGACGAUAUAAGGAGAAACUUCAUAAUGAAUCCGCGCAGUGGGCUGAAGAUCCGGCCGUUCAGGCAGGCGCACCUCAACAGGGACAGGGACCAGGAGUUGCUGCACCUGUCCACUUAUCUGCGGGACAUCGCGCACCAUUGCCAGGACUUCGACACUUUAAAUCAUAAGAAAUGGGAGAAAUACAAGCCGGAGAAGAAGUCUCAGCAAGCGGGCAGCAAGCGGAAAGCUGAGGACAGCACGCCGUCCACGCCGAAGGAAUGACGGUAAACCACCAGGUCGACCUUAUAGUGAAGCGUGCUUCGUGAGUUUGAGUAGUUAUGCGGACGAGGGGUGCUUGUAAUCCGUACGGUCAUGACAUGAACACUUUAGAACCAUGUCACAUUAAUUUGUUUGACAAAUUGAACUACAAGUCCCACUAAAUGACAAAUAUGUUAAUGUGACAGGGUUCUAACGGUACAUGUUCUCAUGACUGUAUAUAAAAACUAUUUCUUUAGUUUGUUCGCGCAUCACCCAAAAACGACUGAUCGGAUUUAAAUGAAAUUUUACAGUGUAGUGUAUAAGAAGCUUGAGCAAUAGAAAUCAUCACGCUAUAACACUUUUGGAUUAGCUCAGUGGCGGGAACAUUGAACAUGGUAACAUUCCCGACUAGGUUGAAUUAUU